AUGGCCUGGAGUGUCCGCGGGAGACUACAGCUCGGGGGAUUGCUCCUUGCUCUCCUUGGUUUGAUCUGCUCCUGCAUCACCACCACCCUGCCCCAGUGGAAGACACGCAACAUGGAACUGAAUGAAAGGGAUACCUGGACCAUGGGGCUUUGGGGAUCCUGCGUGCAUCGUGAGGAAGUCGGCAGCGUGUGCAAAACCUUCGACUCCUUGUUGUCUCUGCCGCGGGAGAUCCAGGUAGCACGCAUGUUCAUGAUAGUGUCCCACGGCCUGGGACUGUUGGGGCUUCUGCUCUCUGGCUUUGGGUCUGAAUUUUGCCAGUUUCUCGGGACCACAGAUGUACUCAAGAAAUACCUUUGCCUCCUGGGAGGGACUUUGGAGGCACUGGCCUCAGCCACUACCCUCUUUCCAGUCUCCGGGGUGGCCCAUACCAUCGUCCAAGAUUUCUGGGAUGACAGAAUCCCUGAGGUUGUACCGCGGUGGGAGUUCGGAGAUGCCCUCUUCCUGGGCUGGUUUGCGGGUCUCCUCCUGGCUGUCAGUGGACUACUCCUCAUCUUUUCUGCCUGUAAAGGAAAAGAAAAUGGGCCUUCUCCCUGGUCAGCUGACUCCAGGGCCCCACCAUCCUAUGCUCUUCCAGGGGAGGAAUUCGAUGGCUCUUCCAUGUUAUGUGAAGACCUAUAA